CAAAACCCCACAUUAGAAAAUCAUAUCUUUUGUGUUAAAAUUAGAUGCUAGAUAAAAUUGUGAAAAUCCAAUGUUGAUGGCUGAAGUAAUAGUCAUAAACAAUUUCACCUCACAUACAGUCAUAUAUAUGAACCUUGUACUACCUACAGUAUGAUAGGUAGUGGUAAUAGGGAACAUGUAUGAUUUAUUUUUUUGUAUUUUGUUAUUCAUGUAACACCUGAAAAGUGUGUUCCAGCUGAUAAUCCUUGUUCAUCUGGCUGCUAAAUUAAAGGCUGUUUUACUGGUAGAAUCAUCCGACAAACAUGGGUGACUGUCAAAAUUUAUUUUCAAUUGAAUAAUUAAAACUGCAAUGCUAAAGUCAUUCAAAUAAAUGCCAAUUUCUUGGCAUGCUUUACAGUAAAGUCAGUGUUCACAACAUGUCAUUUGAUUGGUUUUUUUGUUAGUUUGCUCUUGAGUUUUUGACAUACCAUUUGUAGAUUAACAAAGUAUAUAUACAAUAUGUUUAUUACCCCUAAUUACAAUGAAAUGUUGUAAAAAAUAUGAAUCUUUUACUCCCCUGACAUCUGCUCUGUAUUUGAGGCAAUAUAUGAUAUUAUGAAAGCACCUAUUUUUACAAUGAUGACUGAUUUCUUAAUCUUUAUCUUCAGCACAAAUAUACCAGCAUCAACACCUACUUCAGUUUAUGCACUGAUAUUUUUGCUUUAUAGGUUAGUUUGCUGUUACCAGUCAUUCCUUUGAGGGUUUAGCAUAUCUUGUUAUUUUUGGCAUUUUAUCAGAAGGCUUUCCCAGACUGUGGUGGUGUAUAUCCACCAACAUGUCUGCUGCAUCCAUACUGGUAUUGUCCAUUAUAUCUUUUGUCACAUGAUGUAGUCUAUAGGUUGUUCUUGCAUCACCUUCCAGCUAUAUGUGUGACGGGGGUAAAUAAAAGCUCCAAUAAUCAAUGUGCAAGCUUCUCUCUGUAGUGCACUUAGUUUAGCAGAGUCAGUACAUUGUGCUGCCUUGCCCACUAAGGUACAUAUCCAUAGGUUAUCAUGUAUAAUGACAGUGGUAGAAUGCUAAAACAAACAAAACAAAGCUUAGGUUUCAUUCUCCAAAUCUUCCCACAGACCUUUCAUCAGUUUCACAAGAUCCUUGCCUUCUUAAAGACUACUUCCGGAUGGAUUUUAUCUAAGGUUACUCCUAGAUAUAUGUUUUCACCUCAAAUUGUUGGUGAUUGCUUGAAAAGUACUAUGACCAUUUUCUUCAAGUGGAUUGGCUUUCCUUCCUCUCUCACCAAUUUGAUAUUGUUCUUAACACUUUCCGAAAUAUUUUAGUCAAAUUUCCUCUUGACCAAAACAACUAGAUCAUUUGCAUAUGCCUGAGCCUCAGCAUUCUUUUGACCUGAUCAAACUGAUGGAUUAACAAUCAAUGACAGAUCAAAUGCAGUUUGUAGCAAUAUAUAAUGUACAUAGAGAUUAUUAACUGAUAUUUUAAUCAUAUGCAUAUUCCUCAUUGUAUAUGAUGUAUAAACACAUCAUUAAUUAUCAGUAUUUUUUCUAGAUUGUCCUGAUCCACAAUACUGUCAACGGAAAGCCCAGGGGGUAUGCCUUUAUUGAAUAUGAACAUGAAAGGGAUAUGCAUUGUAAGUUUAAGAUAUAUUACAAACAAUUCAUUCAAUGUUCCCACUCACAGCUAUUAAGAAUUAAUUUGCUUACUAAUGAUUGAUCAAUGUAAGUCUAGUUUGAAUAAUGAUGAGUAUGGAAUAGGAUGUAUUUACAGAUAUUACCACUUAUUGAAUUAACUCAUUUUUAAUAUGUAUUAGUGAAGCAUUAGGUUUGUAAGGAGCUCAGAGACACUUAUUUUGAAUGAUAUUCGCUUUAAUAAGCAAGAUCUUACAUGACACCACAUCACUAUUAUGGUAUAUUCUGAAGUCUUUAUUUUUUUAAAAUUCAGGACGAAUUUUUUUAUGGAAAUUUGUAUUAGAAAAAAUUAUUUAUAAGAGGACAAUUGCGUAUUGUGCACUAUUAUUUGAAGUUAAAGUAUGGUAAAAACAUGGUCUAUCAAAAUAACAGUGUAAGGCCCCAUCUAUUGCUAGAAUCGACCACUUUCGCAAACUUAUUUCGAUAGAUCACACCCUUUUGUGAAUACAGUUGUUCAAUAAAAUUUUAUAUGAUGGUUCUGAGCUUCAUGGUCAGUUUAUGUUUUUCAUUUGCAAGACUGUUUAACUUGCAGAAAAGCACUGUCAUUUUAAAAAACUUGCAUAGUUUAGUUUAUUGUCUUUUAUUUAUACAACUGGGUAAGUAUUGCAAUUUUUUAUGUAAUCUCAAGUCACAAUCAUCAUUUUCACUGUCUUAGCUAAACAUGAAAGUUUGUCCCAGUUAAUGCUACAUCUAGCUAAGAAAGUGAAAAGUGUUCCAUACUCAUCAUAUAAUAGUUUGAUCUAUCUAGAGGAUGAGUGGUUCAUUGAAUAUACAGCUUCUUUAUGUAGCCAGCAACAUCACUGAAAUACCAAAUGUUACAAUAGUCACACUGAAAUUAAUUUUUUCUAUUUUUUACACAGUCGAGCUGCAGGCAACUAAGUAGUGCCGAUUUGCCCCAAACUUCUGCUUUUUGCUGGCUAUAUAGGUUUGUAUGUGUGGUAAGAACCCUGCAUACAAAUAGUUCACAAGUUUUGUUGUUUAGCGGGGUGUCACUUGACAAAUAUUCAAAAUCAGUUUUUGUCAGUUAGGGUUUCUCUUAAAAUCAAACUAAACUACCUAAUUAGAUUUUGCUUAAUAUGAUCCAAAAGUAUUUUGAUUCACCUAAUUUUAAGUAAUAGGUGUGGUUUAAAAAACUGUGUUUCUAUUUACACUUAUAAAUUUUUGUCCUCAACCCUUUUGCCAACAUGGGCAAAGGUAUCUGACUUCUUGUACCUACAAAGACUCAAAGUAUUCACAAUUUUUGUUAAUAAUGGAGAUUCAGACAGGUGUGAUGUUCCAGCUUACUUUCAUUUCAUUUGGGACAUAUGAAAAAGCUCAUCACAUAUAAAGAUUUUUGCAUACAAAAGAGAUAUUUGUUCGCCUCAUCAGAUAAUUGUAGAAAAAAUGUAUAAAAACCAAUUGUUAUACAUAAACAUACUUAUUUGCCCAAGUAACACCAUAAACAAAGAUUCUUUUCGGGUUUAUUUGAAGUUGAAAACUGUGUUAUUGUAGUAAAUAAAAAGAUAAUGGUUUUAAAUUUACAUUGUAUUAUUAUCUUAAGGCAACAUUCCGAUUUUAACAUUAAAAAGUUGAAAAUCGUAGACAAAAUUAUUUAUCUUAAAAUUGAUGUUCAACACGUUUUCAAAAUUUUUCAGGAUUUUAAAACUUCAGAAAUUUUGAGGUGCCUUUUGUUAACCUUUAUCGAUAAAAUCGGGCUUUUUAUUAUUUUAUAGUCACAGAUACGUACCUAUAUAUAAUAUAUAAAAAAUUGUUGACCUACUAUUUUUAUGUGUUAACAAUAAGGUAAAUUGCCUCUAAAGGUACAUGUUUAAUAAACAUUUUCUAGUUUACUUUAAAACUGCUUUUGUUUAAAUUAAAAUGUAUUUAAACUGAUUUCAAAAUAACCUCCACAGCAGUUUCAAGAUAAUAAAGAUUUAAAUUUUGGUUUUAUUGACCGCUUUCAGUGCGGGCCCCUUUACGCUGAAGAAGAGUUCAUUAGAAUGUUAUGGUUUAUUUAAAAACCAAUUAGUUGUAGUUGCAGUUUUAUUUUACAGUUUUGAUGCAUCCUUAAAAUACUUGAUAAACCAGUUCGUGCUACUUGUGCGAUUUUUGAUUAAGCUUAAAUUCUUGGGCAGAAAGUUAUAAGUGCAACUAGAAAUUAAGGUUGGUUUUUUAAUCACGCUGAGUGAUUGGGUAUGCGCGGAGUAAGUAAUUGCGCACCAGGUAAUUGCAAUGGUAAAAAUGGAAGCCUCUGCAGUUCGUGUGAUUAGAUUCAAUUUCAUCUUUUUCGUUUUCUUCCGUAAGUAAAAGGGUAGGUAUACUUUUUAUACCUAUAUUUUAUUCAAAGCCGCAAAAGUCAGCAAAAUUUUAUUUAGCAAUUGAGCUGUACUUUCGGUUACCCUCUCAGCUUCAUUUCCUCUGGAGAUGCUUUCCCAAUGAUUUGUCAGAUUGACCUUUGGCAGAAAGUACAGUGAAUUGUUACUGUUUUGUGAAGUCCGGUUAUUUUUUUAUUAUCCAGAUAACUUUUCAUGUUGUUUACACCCUAACUCCGUGAAAAACUACCAUACGUAUAAAAAAAAAUAUAUAAGUGAAUUGCAUACCUUACUAAAAAGUCGGUUCAGCAGCUGAACAUUUUUGUUGAAACCUCUCACAUACACAAAGUAAAGGGCAGUAUGAAAAUAUUGCUUAAAAAUCGGUAUAUCAUUUUUUUCGUAAAAUGAACGUGUCGAAACCCUCAUGUUUUCUUAGAAGCAGAAUCCAUUUUUUAGAUCUUUGAGCUAUUCGGAAAUUCGCUUUUUCCAAGAAAGUUAUCACGAGUCCUAAUUUAGAGGCACAAGAAUGAAACUAAAUCUUUUUUCAUUUAGUACCCUUGUAUCCAAAUCAAUAUUUCCUUGGAAAUUGAACCCAUCAUCUCCAAAUAUUAACGUUGAUGUAUUUUUUCUCGUAACGUGUAAAAGCUCGGGCUGUUCGACGGGCCUUUUAUGAAAAACAACAUGGCUAGUUGUUUACAACUAUUCAAUCGCUAAAGAAUUGUGAUUUUAGAAUACAAUUUACAGCUGCAUACAAACAUGCUGACGGAAAGAAAAUUGAUGGACGACGUGUAUUGGUGGACGUAGAAAGAGCUAGGACUGUAAAGGGGUGGUUGCCUAGGCGAUUAGGUGGGGGAUUGGGUGGAACCCGUCGCGGUGGACCUGACGUGAACAUCAAACAUUCCGGAAGGGAAGACAAUGAACGGGAAAGAGAACGGUACCGCUUGGAGAGAGAAAGAGAAGAAUGGGGCGGUGGCGGAGGAGGUGGAGGAGGAGGAGGGGGAGGAAGAGAUAGAGAUCGUGAUAGAGAAAGGGUCAGAGAUCGCGGAGAUGCAUUCGAAAGGAAAAGAUCUCGGUCUAGAGACAGACGACGGCGGAGUCGGUCAAGAUCGCCUCGAAGAGAAAAGAGACGUCGUAGCAAAGAUCGCGGCAGAGAUGAUGACGACAUUGAUGGAGGUAGACGAGAGAAAGAUAGGGAUAGGGAUCGCGAAAAGGACAGGAAAAGGAGAAGGUCUAAGUCGAGAGACAAGGACCGUGAGGCACGAAAACGUGAGAGGAGGGAGAGACGAGAAAGAGAACGAGGAGAGAGACUCGAGUAUAUCAAGACAGAUGAUGGAGGCGAAAUUAGGAUUAAAGAGGAGCCCAUUGAUGAUUAUGAUUAUAAUCAGUAUCAGCAGAACUACGAAACCGCGAAGGUGAAAUAUGAAGAUGAAGAUGAGCAGAAAUACGAACCGGAAGCCAAUGGUGGUCAACGGAAUAAUUACGAAGAAGAAUAUGAAGAAGGUGAAGCAUACUAAUCCUCCUGAGGCCCGAUAUCUUGGUUAAUUUCGUCUGUAAUUACAAUUAAUAUAAUUAGAAUAAGUGUUUACUCUAUUUUCAGGUAAGAUGGGAUAUCAAGUGUAGUACCUUUCCAGUCAGGUUGCUUUGUGCAUUAUUAAGUGUAUUUGGCUUGUAUGACACUUUUUUAGUAACAGAGAUUCGCCAAUAAAUGUGUGAUUGAA